UCCCCGAGGACGACGACGACGACUCUACAAACAACCCCGGUGGUGGGAGCCAGGACCGGUCCGAAGGCGAGGGCGAGGACGAGGACGUGCCCGAGGACGAGCUGCGCGCCCGCCUGCGCGCCCUGGGCCUGCCCGCCGCGCUCUUUGGCGAGCAGCACCGCGCCCGCCUGCGCCGCCUGCGCCUGGCCUCGGGCGCCCCCAUCCCCACCACGCUACCGCCCGUCCAGGAGCGGCUGAUGAAGCUGGACGGCAAGGUGCCCGGGUCCAAGGAGGGGAGGAGGAUGCUGGCGCGCCAGCUUACGAGCUACUUCAACAUGGUGCUGGCGCACUGGCAGCUGACGCUGCAGAAGGAGGGGCACACGCCCGGCACCAAGGAGUACAGCAAGAUGGUGCAGAGCCGCGACACGCUGAGGCCGCUCUUCCGCAAACUAGAAAAGCACGAGCUCGACGACAGCAUAUUGACGGCGGUGGUGGAGAUUAUCAAGGCGGCGCAGGAGAGGCGCUACGUCGACGCCAACGACGGGUACCUCCGCCUCAGCAUCGGCAAGGCCGCGUGGCCCAUCGGCGUCACCAUGGUGGGCAUCCACGAGCGAAGCGCCCGGGAGAAGCUGCACAACGGCGAGAGGGGUCACGUCAUGGGAGACGAGGUCACGCGCAAGUACCUGCAGAGCAUCAAGCGCAUGUUGACGUUUGCCCAGACGAGGUGGCCGCCCGAAGACCUCAACCAGCUCAUGGGCUAAUUUGGGUUGCCUUGUUACCUUGGGUACCGAAUUGUAUGGACACCGCAUGUAUGUCGAUUGCAGCAAGCAGAAUUUUCAGGUCAGCGAAAAAGUGUAUUAUGCCGACCCCCUCCUGCUGAAAACCCUCCUCCUUCGGAAAUAACACAGGCAGAGCAGCUCAUAGCUAAGGCUCAGAAUAUGAGUGGCCGUUUACACUCUUCACACGUACGCAAUGUCCCUCGCUCGUCGUGCUCAAGAGUUCCUUGCUAUCGUUGCCGCCGCCUGGAGAAGCCGGGAAGGGUCAAGCAGCCAUAGGAGGCGUUUCCUCGUACCAGUCGUCUGUCACGGUGACCAUGGAGGAAGCCACAGGCGCCCCAGCGAGGACCCUUCGUUGAUUCCUAAUCUCGAGGUCGGCGCUCAUGAGGUUCAUGCGCCUGAGCCGCUCGGCGGCCUCUCGCUCGUAAGCCAGAACUGUGUUGAUAGCCGCCGCCUGCAUCUGAGCUCGUGGCCGUGCUGUUGUUGUUAUCACCAUCUCAAGGCACAUUCUUGUUAGUCGUAUAGAACGUAGACGCCCGUAAUCAAGACACGACCGGCAGUAGGGUAUAUAAGCAACUCCUCACCUUGUCCA